GGACACGAGCGGCUAACGGCUAACGGCUAACGGCUAACGGCUGAUUUAAGUCAUGACGCAUCGAGCCGCACACACACGCUGACACGCGCACACACACGCACGGGGGGCUCGGCGCGGGCUCGUUUUCACGCACAGAGCGCGUGCUCCGGGAUGUUUCGAGACUUAGCUACUUCCUGCAUGUUAGCCGGACGUGGCUAGCUGGAGAAGCUAACUGUUUACCAGUUAGUUUGAAUUAUUCAUGACGGCGCUCCGUGAUUGGUGGAGUGAGUGCCAGGGGCGGGGCUAGAGAGGUUUAGUGUAUGCAGGGGGAGGUGUGUGUGUGUGUGUGUGUGUGUCAGUGGGCUCGGUGAGGGUGGAGGUCUGUACCUGACAACAGGUGGACAGAGUGGAAGAUGAUCAGGAUGUCAUUGGACAAAGAGACUGUCCUCCCCCGUGAGGUCAGCCCCGCCUUCCCCGCCACCCCCGUCAGCCUAUCAGAGCAGCCGCCGCUGGCUAAGACCUGCCCCCUCCGGCCUAAAAAUGGCAUCCAUCCGCCCGCUAACAGUCAGCUUCCGCUCACCGCCUCCGCCCCGCCCACUCAGCGGAUCGCAAAGAGGCGUUACUCGAUGGGCGUCGGCUUCAAGGGGCUGGCCAAGCGGAGGCGGCGUGCCAACAGUGACAGCCAAUCAGAGCCUGUGCUGCCAAGUCACUUCCUGUUGGGUGGGAACAUCUUUGACCCGCUGAACCUCAACUCGCUAUUGGACGAAGACGUCAACAAGGCGACCAAUCAGGAGACACCAAAGUGCUCGCCCCUGCCAACGCGGGGCGGAGACCCCGUGGAGAUCCUGGUCCCCCGUGACAUCACAGACCCCCUGAACCUGAAGGGGGGGGGCGGGGACGGGAAGGAGGGCGGGGGGGUCCUGCUGUCCCCCCUGAAGUCUAGGAGGAGACACAGGACGAGACACCACGGAGGAGCAGGAGGAGAGAGGGAGGUCAUACCUGCCCGACUGUUUCCUUCCACAGCCGGACUGACAGUUCCUCUGUUGACCAGUGAGGGCAGUGUUUUGGCGUCUCCUCUCCCCUGUGAGCUCAACACGGCCAUCACCUGUCGAGACGACAUAGCCCCGCCCCCCAUCCUCCCCAGGAGACACACCCACCCUCCGCCGGGCCAUGCCCACAAGCCCGGUAACCAGGGUGACGGUCGCCAACGGAGACGGCGCCGCACCACCUCGACCAGGUCGGCAGAAACCAGUGCCACGGCAACGAUGGCUCAGCCGACCAAAUUCCAGACGCCGCUGGUGGGAGGGGCUAAAGCUGGCAGGUGUGGAGGAGCGCCAUCCGGCUCCACACGGCAGCCAGAGAAGAAGAAGGACAAACAUCGCUACCAGUACGGAAACCACAGCCAUUACUACGGCUACCAUGGUUUCUACGGCGACAGGUGGGAGGGGCGGGUCGGGGCGGAGGAUGACCCAAGGCUCCGCCUACUUGAAGCCGAUUGGUUCAAAGACAGGAAGGUGCUGGACGUGGGCUGCGGCGCCGGUCACAUGACGCUAACCAUCGCCCGGAGGUUUGACCCCGCCCACAUCCUGGGGGUGGAGCUAGACGAACGAUUGGUCCACGCCGCUAAGCAGAAUGUCAGGCACUUCCUGUCACAUGACCUGGUGGUGGAGGAGAGGAGGAGGAGAGGAACGCCAGGACGGGAGGAGGAGGUGGUGGAGGAGCUCCGUCACCUCCUCUCCUUCCCUCUGUCCUUCAGGGUCAGUCGGGGUCCUCUCUCUGCUCCUCCUCUCCUCCCUCCUCCCUCCUCCUCCAGGUUCCCUGGUAACGUCACCUUCGUACAGGGCGACUACGUGUCAGAGCGGGAGGCGUGGCCGGGGCGGGGGCAGUAUGAUGUCAUCGUGUGUAUGGGCGUGACCAAGUGGGUGCAACUGCAGUCAGGUGACGGGGGCGUGGUCAGACUGUUCAAACGGGCCUAUCAGAGCCUGUCGCCGGGCGGAUUAUUCAUCCUGCAGGCGCAACCGUGGAGCAGCUACAGCCACAGCAAGAGAGCCUCGGAGCGGACGUUUCGUCACUUCAGGACGGUCAGACUGAGACCUGAACAGUUCACCUGUUACCUGACCGACAACGUGGGCUUCACCUCAUACAGACUGCUCACACACUCAGGUAACCAGCGGCCGAUCUAUCUGUUCCACAAAGGCCCCGCCCAGAGGAAGUGAGGUCACCUGGACAGGAUGUGACACGUCUCUCUCUGAGGCAUCACAGGAAAUGCAGCACGUCAUCCUCCUGUUUCCGAGGCAACAGGACAGGAGGAGGGAGCUGAUUGGUCGUUACAUUUGACUGUGAGCUUGCGGCUGAUUGGCUGAACAGUGGAGCCACUUUGAUGGCGUCACAUCACAAAGAACUCGAUCUGAUUGGACAGCAGGGUCUGUGUGAAUGUGGGUCAGCCAAAGCAAAGGAUUGUGGGUGAUCUGACCUCGGGUCCUGGACACUGACAGGAAGUGACACGUCUGUAGAGGUCGUCUUUUCAUUGGUUCAUUUUUUUUUUGUUGAAAUAAAAUCAGAGCGUCAAUAUAAA